CGCAUCGGGUCAGCCAAUCGGGUUGCGUCAGGCAAUUUAAGACAACAAACAGAGGAGAUGUUUCAACAAGUGUUCAGCUGAGUAAGUCCAUUGUGUUAUGUGAGUUGUGCUGAUACAGGAGCGACACAGCUAAGCUACUCAAGAUGCAGCAGAUGCAGUAGGGGAACAGCUCUUCUCAUUAGCCAGCUAGCGUUACAAGAUAAACUGCGGCUGCAGUUGGCUUUAAGGCGCCCGAAAGUACCGGAAUUUCCUGCUGGUGGAUGAGGUGAGCGUGAUUAUGUCUCGCAGACUAACCAAAGAAGAGUUGGACGCACAGUUUGAGCAGUUCUUAAAAGAGCACGGUUGGAAUCUCAGAUUUCUUUAAGGAAGUCUGAGUCUAUUCAAGAGGAGGAUGAGGAGGCAGAAGGUAUUCACUCAAAGGAGGAAGACCUCGUCCUGAGAGACAACAAAGACACAGAGGGCUCGGCGACGGUGCCAGCUGUGUACAUGAGCGCGGUGGGUUUAGACACUCUGGAGGAGGAAGAGGAGAAGGCCAGGUUCUUUGCCCAGCUGGAGGCAGGAGCUUCAUCUACUAUAGACUACUCCAAGCUGAACAGGGAGCUGGACUCAACACGUUCUACCCCUGCAAACAACUACAGGAAUGUAGAAGAAGCAGAAGAACCAGUGGAGCGAGGGGGCGGUGAUGAUCACAGCAAGGCCAGAGGGACGAUCAGUCCAGCCUUCACAGGCUCCCCACACUACAGCGAGGAUUUUGAAGAUGACGAGGACGUGAAGGUUCCACUGGAGGAGACGUCAACGACGGCUUCAGUUCUUGCCAGAGGUCAGUCUUACGUGCAAAGUGGGGCCUCAGAGUUGGAGGCUCUUCAGGAGGCCUACAGGCAGGUCCAUGCUGUGGAGGAUUCAGAUGACCGUGGUCAUCAUACCUCAUCUUUGGAAGUGAGAUGGAGCAUCAACAGACCUCUGUCUCCUUCCUCUCCUCCUCAACGUGCCCAACAGUCUCUGCAGCCUGUUUCUACCAAGCUGCCCACUGCAGAAGAGCUGAUGAGGCUCCUCCGACCAGAGGCAGCUCAAAUUAGAGGCUUCACCCUCCAGCCUGUCAGUGUUGUGGAGCCCAACCAUGAAAAGACUUCCAGGGGACUGGAAAGGGCAUUCCCGGAUGAGGCACAGCACCCUGCAGCUGCAGCAAUAAAUGGGGCCGAGGAGUCGACAAGCCACCCAAUCAGUGCUGCUCACCCCCCCAACAAGGAUCUGAUUUGCAGCAUCAGAGCAGAAGUAGACAAGCUGAUGCAGGAUCAUACCAAAAGCUCUUCUCUCACAUCAUCUCACACUGGCAAAACUAAGAAACACCCGGUGAGCAAACUAUAUAAAAGGCGCUACUGUAGAAAAGAGAUUACAUUCACACUUUGCAUUAUACGUUUUUCUCAGGCCUCCCGUGGCUCCCUCACUUCUCCUUCCUGUACCUCUUCAAUGAGACAAGCCACUCCAGCUCCUGUAAGAGGCAAGCGCCUGGAUGGGAGAACGGCGGUGACUUCAAGGUCAUCGGGGAUAAGUAGAGGUUCUGCUACACCAGCCAAAACCCGGUCUGCUGUUUCCUCACAGUGUCCACACAGAGCGACAUCCACAAAGAACCACGAAGACUGCUGGGACUGCACAGAACCAGGAGUAACAGUGAGGAAUGAACUAGUGGCAUCUGUUCAGUCCUUAGUGGCUGUCCUCCAGCAGCAAAUAGAUGCUACCAAACACCAGGAUUCUGCACAGGAAGUCAGAGAAACCAGGCUGGAGCAACAUCUUCCACAGAUCAGUACUGGCCACGACAGCUCCGUGCUGGAGGAGCUGAGGACGCAGCUGGCACAGAAGGAGAGGGAGCUGCAGAUGAUGAAGGCAGGAGCAGAGGAGCUCAGCUCACUCAGACAGCAGAAUUACCUACUGCAAAGCAAGCUGAGAAGUGCAGAAGAAGCCAUUCAGAAGAAGAGGUGGGUGGAGGCUGCAGAUGUUGCUGCAGAUGAAAAGUUCCAGCAGAUUGAUAAAGAAAUAAAAGAGCAGGAGGCACUGAUAAAAGGUUACCAACAGGUAGAAAAACUGAAACAGGAAGUGGGCAAAAGAAACAGCUGGCAGAGAAAGGCGAGAGACAAAUUUGUGGACUUGAAGAGGAUGAAGGACUUGGAGCGACAGGUGAAGGAGCUGGAACAAAUACUCAGGAGCAGAAACCCAAAUUCGCUGCCUGCUUUGAUUUAUGCUGCAGCCACAUCUGCCAGCUACGAGGACGCUGGCAAAAUGUCCUCUUCCAGCCGGAUCACUGCUCUGCUGGAGCGAAGGAUCCAACGUCUGGAGGCCGAGCUGGAGAAUCACGAUGAGGAAGCCAAACGCAGCCUCCAGGUUAUGGAGCAGCAGUUUCACAGAGUCAAGCUCCGCUACGAGCAGCAGAUCUGUGAGCUGGAGCAGCAGCUGCAGCGUAAGCAGCAGCUUGAAGCAGCAGCUGGGUCCCAGUCAUCAGUAGUCCAGGCUCUGGAGGAAGAGCUGUACCGUGUGAAGCAGAGCCACAAACAGAAGGAGAAAUCUCUGCAUGAGCAGAUCGAGUCUCUCCAGCAGCAGCUUAAACAGAAGGCCCUGCUGAGUCCCGGCCGGCACCAGCGCCAAGCCGAGGCAGCAUUUGGCGUGCGGCUUGAGCGGCUGAAUCAAGAGCUCGCUAAAAAGACACGGACCAUUCAGGAACUGAAGAAGGAACGGAGGAACAUGCCGUCUGCCCCCAACACACGAGCAGAAAGACGAUCCACUGAGAGCAAACACCAACAACCAGGUCUCCUCACUGCAGGAGGAGAAACAUUCCCAGCUGCUCCGUGUGAGAAGACCUAUCAGCCCACCGUAUUCACAGGGAGUCAUAUCUCUGAGGUUCUGCAGGAGAACGAAGCUUUAAAAAAGCAGGUGGAGCUUGUGCUCCUGCAGAGCGAGCAGGAGAAGGAAGCUCUGAAGGCUGAUGCUGCACAGGCCAAGCAGCAGCUGUGCAGGCUGACAGAGGAGUUUGAAGAGCAGCUAUCCACUACGAAGGCAGAACACUUUAGAGUGUUGGACCACCUGCGGGCCACCCAUGCACUCGAACACUCAGACUCUAAGGUUGCAGAACUGACUAAUAAGCUGAGCACUCAAGAGAUAAUGAUGAAUCAUCUGGACAAGCAGCUGAAAGAAAUGCAGGGGUGCAAAGAAGCACUGAAAAUAUCCAGGAGGAGAGAGGAUGCUCUGCAGACGCAGCUAACCAAACUGCUGCAGGAGCUGAAGGAAGCUAAAGAAGCUUCAAGCUCAGAGGUGAAACUCCUGUGCACCUUGGAGAGGAAGAUACUGAACAUGGAGCUCAGACACCAGCACAGAGAGAAGGAGCUGCAGCAGGUGCUUGGGGGGGCGUGGCAGACGCCAGGUGAUGAUUUGCAGUCUGAGUUGGAGCACUGGAGACGUCUGGCUCAGGACAAGAGCAGGGAGAUGGAUGCUUUCCGCCUUGAGCUCGACUCCAUCCUGGACAUCCUGAGACAUCUGCAACGACAGGGAGCGGUUCUGCCGACUCCUGAGCUCGCCAUUCCACAGAGGAGUUAAUACAACAUUUGAAAGCUGAGACUGUGAAUGCUGCACUGAUUCCAUGCCAGUGUGUCAGCAAUAGAAGUUUCUACUUUUUAUUUAAAUAACUAUUUUUAUAUUUUUCAUGUUAAUGGUUUAUUAGGAUCAGUAUUGCACCAAAGACCUGCAGAGACUGGCUUACCAUCCCUGCCUCCACAGAGGAAACAGUCGUGUGAAAUAAAGAAACCUCUUGAACAUCA